GCCAGAAUCGAACCAUCUUUCUGCAGACGGAGUAAACUAAGACGAAAGCCAAAGGGCAAGAGGAUAAGAGGAUUCAAGGGAAGGGAAGACAAAGAGCAAGAAAACACUUUGAGGAAUGCCAAGUAGCAAAAACAUACUUGGCUGAAGUGCAGGUUUUGGCUUUUUCGUCCUGCAUCCAAAUCAGAUAUAUUACAAACUGCAGAGUUUCAAAGAUCACAUCGCUGUAAACAAAAUGAGCUUUUGGAUUUCUUUAAAGAAUGUUCCUGCUUUUAAGACCGCCUCAUGGGACAUAUGAAGGAAGGAAGGAGGGGCACAUAAAGUCAUUCUCCAUUCUCCCAGCGUUUCCUUUUAACUUAAACAGCACAGGUCUGAGUGCACACACAAAUCUCAUAGGUAGACAGAGCUUACAAAACUUUGAUCAUUAUAAAUAGCUCAUGACACUUCAAGUCAAACAAAAAUAUCUGUGCUGACAGCUGUUGGAGUGGUAGAUGAACACUGGGAGAACUUCAAAGCUGGAUCCAGAUUACAUAAAAGGACUUUUAUCUUAAAUGAACACCAUAUCUUAAUUAUUUCAGUGUCUCCAGCAGCCUCACAUGCACAUUUACUGACUUGCAAAUUUUACAAACCCACUUAAGGAUUUAUUAAAACUUUAAAAGCACCAGACAGACUUAAUUAAAAGGAGCCACCGCUCCAUAUCUGAACGCCAUGGAUGGAAAAACCGACAGCAUCCAGGAGUUUUUCAACCAACUCUGGAACUUUGCUACAGAAAAACACAACCAGGGGGUCUACAAUACGGUCUGUCUGAUCGUCCUCCUGACGCUCCCCCUGCUUGUCCUCCUCACAACCCUGGUGGUGUGCUGUCACUGCUGCUGCUGUCGCCAUGCCAACAGCUGCUGUUGCUGCUGCUGCCGAGACUCUAUGGCAACCACAAGGUCAGAAACAAAGAAGAAGAAGAACUCAGCCAAUAAUAGUGACGACCUGUGGAUCUCUGUCAAGACGGGGCCGAUGACACCAGACAGGGUCGCUCUGGCUAUGGUGUAGGACACCAAUUUUUCAUUUAGUCUGGGACAGCUGACCCAUCUGGACAUUUAAUGGAGAUAUCUAAUGGAGAUAUUCUCAAACUUGUGGCCUCUGAGGAAGCUGAAGGCAUUACUGGAUUGAAUGGGAAGGAUCACAUAAUGUCUCAGUUGUUAAAUUGUUUAAAACUUUGUAAACAGUGUACAGAUUCUUGUCUUUUUUAUUCAUUUGAUGUCAUUUGAGGAAAAUGUUUACAGCAUUUUGUAUGAUCUUUUUGGUGUUUGGUACAUAAUGGAAUAGACAUACCUUUGACUGUAGAUGGAUGACACAUUUCCACCUCCUCCCAAUAUACAAAAGUGAAGCCAAAAUACCCCCAGGGUGGGUCCUGACAUCUUGCAGGAGAGCUCUGUGCUUAGGAUUCAGCUGGUCGCGCUGUGUUAUUGACGUCCAGGUCCUUUUGGCUAAACAAAACAGACAUUUAACUUACAGAUGGAACAGCAAAUAUCCAUCAGGUUGGUGAAGUCCACAGCAGAGCAGCUUUUUGUAUCAGUUUGAAGCAGACAAUCAUGUUGAGGAGAGUUCAAUGACUGUUUUGUUUGUGUUCGCUCUUGUCGUUGCUGCUCAACUCUGCUAAUCCACGGCACUACAGAAGCCCGAUUGUCCACAGAGCUGUCUACGAUGGUGUUAAACUCCUUUAAAUCAUAUAAAUAACUAAUCAAAUUAAACUUCUCAGUAAAAAUGAAUAUGGAUAUAAAUCAGCAUUAUAAUAACUUAUGAUUUGAUGUGUAUUUCGAUUUUUAAAUUUUGACUCAUGUCUCAUCUGUUAACAUGGGAGAAGUGGGUUUUGAGAUCUAUACUGCAGCCAGUCGGCAGAGGGAGCUCCAAAUGUUUUGGCUUCAUUUUUGGGAACUGUCAUGCCGUCAGUCAGUCAGUAUUUUUCUUACAGUCAAUAAGACGUGUGUGUGUGUGUGUGUGCGUGUGUGUGUACGUGUGUGUGUGUGAGUGGUGUUAGAGAGAGAGAGUGUGUAAGAAAGAGAGAAGUACAGUGUUAUUGAGAGCACUUUGUUCUUCGAGCUCCCUUGUGAAAUUCAUUGCGUCUGUAUUUGGGAAAGAGAGCCAAUUUAAGCUGUGCCCGGUGUUCAGACAGCUGUAAUGGUUCCCACUCUUCACACUCCGGGCUGGUGAUUGACUCUUUGUAAAGUUAAAGCCUCUGUCUUCCAAAAAGUUUCACAGGACACAGUGAGAAGACUUUCUACUGUUACUUUACUUUUUAAAAAUUUAACAAUGUAGACUCAAGAGAGGCCCUUCUCUUAGUUUUGAGAAUGUUGUAGUAUUCAGGCCCUGUGAGCUUUACAGGCAGAGUUCACCCUCCAAAAAGUAAGAGUGCAGUCUGGUAUCCUUCUCAAAUUGAGUAACAGAACUUCCAACUAACAUUGGAGAACAAUCAUUGUAAAAUGUAUCAUGUCUACUGGACCUGUAUUUAUUUAAUUUUUGGAUUAAAGUAAAAUAUAUGAAUAAAUAAACUGCACUUUGUUGAAAUGCUC